AUGACAGAACCAAGGAUUUUGGACGCGGCGCUCUUAAAGGAUCUUCUGAAUCAUAUAUAUGAGAAGAGAAAAGCCACGGCCUUUCAAAUUGAGGGCCUCACGAAGGCUGCGUUGGCGAACAAGGAUAGUCCGCUGAUAUAUAAAAUCAUUGCUGAGCUCACCGAGUUGGCUAAUGAAGGCUCGACGUCAGGGAAAAUGGGUGCUAUCACCGCACUUGGAAGCGUGUCCGUUGCGCUCGGGUCUUUAACCAUCGCAUAUUUUCUCGAGCAGAUUGUGCGCCCGAUCUUUGCUGUUUUCAGAGACACGGAUGCUCGUGUGCGUUACUACGCGUGUGAGUCCUUGUACAACAUAGCCAAAGUUGCUCGAGGCGAAAUCUUGCUAUACUUCAACGAGGUGUUUGAUAUCUUAUGUAUUUUGGUCACUGACACUGAAUCUUCGGUCAAAAAUGCCGCGGACAUUCUAGAUCGAUUGAUCAAAGACAUUGUGAGUGCAAAGUCGUCCAGCUAUGUUUCGAUGUUGCACCAGCAAAACGAGGAAAGCCACGAUAUUCAGUCGCACAUAAUCACUCCUGAUGGUCUCUCUGUGCAAGUGAACAACGUUCAGGACCCGCUGAAGGCCUUUCUGUUGCCACGCUUUAUUCCUACUCUUCUCGAGCGCAUGUACACCAUUGAGCCCUUUGCAAAGAAGUUUUUGUUGAGUUGGCUAGAACUCUUUGAUGACAUCCCUUCAUCCGAGCUAAUAACAUUUCUCCCAAACUUUCUUAAUCCUCUUCUCCGCUUUUUCAUGAAUGGGUGCCCCUCAGACGUCCGCAUUGAAACUCAAAAUUUGCUCAACAUCUUCUUGAAGGAAAUCAAAGCCAUCUAUAAAGUGAAGUACGAAGUUAGAAGAUUGCAAAUUAUCAAGGAUCGAAGAAAGAAGAUUGAUGAAGAGGCUAUCAAGAGUAAGCGUGAAGUCAAUACUGAUGGGGUCGAAAUAAACCCUGAGGCAAGCGAAGAAUUGGGCGAGAACCUCGAUAGGUUGUCCAUUCUGCAAAACCAGCGCACUGAUCACGAUUCCAUUUCCAUUAAAUCAAACUCAACUACAAUCAUCAGGAAAGCUGAUCCCCUGAAAGUGGGUGCUGAUCCAGAGAUUUCAUUCUCCAGCAACGAACUUGAUGAUAACUCCUUAUUCGUGAAUGGACAAGACAUUUUUAUUGAUUUCCCUCGAAUAAUUGAUAUAUUGCUUUCUUUCUUGAGACCACCAACAGUCGGCUCGAAUAUUCAAGAAUUCAAAGCGAACGACCUUGCGGGCGAGAGUCAUGAUGUGUAUUUGGAAAUCCAAUCGAUUGCCUUGAGGUGGUUGCACGAAAUCAUUCUUAUCAGCCCAACUAGUUUUUCGAAGUAUCUUCCAGAUUGUGUGUCCAUCAUCAUGCAAAAUGUAUCGUUCACCGACGAUCACAAUGACAUUGAACUAAGAAACCAGUUCCUCAGCUUUAGUGACUCCUUGAGAACAUACUUGAUUCUGUUGCAUGCAAAUCAAUCGGAGGAUCCAAAUUUGAUCAGUUUCCUGGGUACGAGUGAGUCAGCGAUAAACGAAGUCAGUGAGAGCUUUAUUCAAGGUUUGAACAAGGAGUCAUAUGAUGAGUUUUUGGAAUUCUAUUUGAUGAAAACAAUAGAAGUUGUUAUGAAUGAGUGUCUUCUGUCGAUUAAUGAACUUGCGAGAUUGACAAGUUUGGAGUGGUUGACAUUCUUGUACUCAAAUUAUCGUUCCAGCUUCUUUCCUCAAGAUUUGAGCAGCGAUUCGACAAUGCCCACAAACAAACAAUUCAGUCUUGACUUAACUGCCCUAUUGAAAUCCUCCGUUGAUGCAAGUAAUGAUGUUGUUCUGAAAGUGUUGAAACUUGUCGCUCAAAUUUCGGAGGACAAUCAUGAGUUUUUUAAAGACUUUAUGAUCAAAUUAGUCUCAUUCUUUGAGACAGAUGGUCCGGAUUUGGGAAAGUUACCAACAGCGUACCAAAACUCUGCGACGAAUGGCGGGCAAGCAAUAUUGUCAAGAAGCAAGGUUGAGUUCAUCAUUAGAAGAUUAUGCGUAUCCAUAAGCUCAGAGCGCAUUUUUGAAUCAUUAUCAGAGGUCUUGGUCUCAUAUGAGAACUCCAAUCUUGAGUUCUUAAGCAAUAUAGUUGUCACGUUCAACAAUAUUUUGCUCACUACUGCAGAGCUUCAGAGCUUCAGGAAGAAAUUGAAAAGUAUUGAUAUUUGCAAGGCCGAAGACUGGGCUCUUUUUUCCACCCUCUUCAAAAGCUGGUGUCACAACACCCCUAGCGUAUUGUCGCUUUGUCUUUUAACUUCCAAUUAUGAAUUGGCCUACUUGAUUAUCAAAUGUUUGGCGGAACUGGAAGUGACAUUCCAAUUGUUAGCACAAUUAGAUGUUUUGGUGCAAUUACUAGAAUCUCACAUUUUCCUUAAACUAAGGCUCCAACUUCUUGAACCCGAGAAACAUCCUUACUUGUACAAGACUUUGUAUGGGAUAUUGAUGAUCAUGCCUCAGUCAUCUACGUAUACAACAUUGAGGAACCGCUUGACUUCAUUGACAUUGUUCACCCAAAAUAGUGGAAUUCAACAGCACACACCAUCUAUUUCAACACCAGUCACGACGCCUUCUGCCAUAGGCGCAGGUAGUUCUACAAUGGGAUUACAAUUAUCAACGAGAAAAAAAAGGAUUCACGAAAUGGUAGAUAAGUUCGCAAAAAUAAGCGAACUCCAUGAGAUAGCAAAUUUCGAACAAAAAUCACCUGAGGGACUUGAUGACGCGAGCACCCAUGGGAGAUCAUCAAACAAGACUGAAGAGGUGAUCAAAAGAAAGAUUCAGUCUCGUUCAACUCAAAACUUGAAAUAG